AUGCGUGAACUCUUCGAACUGCCAAAUAAAGUGGUGAUUCAUAUUAAUGAUACACACCCGGCUCUAGCUAUACCAGAGCUCAUGAGGAUUCUAGUUGAUUUGGAACGUUUGGAUUGGAUCGAUGCAUGGGAUAUUUGCUCGCGCGUUUUUACUCACACAAACCAUGUUGCUCAGGUACAGUGUUUGAAAUACUGGCCAUUAGAAAUGCUCCAGCGAGUUCUGCCUAGACACCUUGAGAUAAUAAAGAAAAUUGACCAUCAUUUUAAAAGUGUAAUAAACAGAAGGUGGCCAAGCGAUGAAAAUCGAUUUCACCGUAUGUCAAUAUUUCAAGUAGUCAAUGAACCAGCCGUUAGUAUGGAUCAUUUGUGCAUAAUUGGGUCUCAUUUUGUGAAUGGUGUUUCCGCCUUCCAAACAAAUCACUUAGUAACAAAUCUUUUUAAAGAUUUUGCUGAUUUAUGGCCAUUAAAAUUUACAAACAAAACAAAUGGCAUCAGUCCAAGGCGUUGGUUAUUAGUUUGCAAUCCUGGAUUAACUGAUCUCAUCAGAAGUGCAAUACAAGCUGAUGACUGGGUUAAAAAUCUAAUCAUGCUGAACCGGUUGAAGGAGAAAGUGAAUGAUGAAAACUUUCGAAAUAAACUUAUGCAAGUUAAACAAGAUAAUAAAAACCGGUUUGUUGCCUAUAUGCGACAACACAGAAAUAUUAUAUUGAAUCCAAGUUCUAUUUUUGAUGUCCACGUUAAACGCAUUUUAGAAUAUAAACGUCCAUUACUACCCUGUUUGCUUGCCAUAACUUUGUACAACCGAAUAAGAGCAAAUCCUGAUUUAAAAAUGUGUCCAAGGACAAUAAUUAUUGGUGGUAAAGCUGCACCUGGCUACGUUAUGGCUAAAAUUAUCAUAAAGUUAAUCAACUCAGUUGCUCGAAUAAUUGAAUUCGAUCCAAUCACAACGGGUAAACUUAAACUUGUAUUUUUGCGAAAUUAUCGAGUUAGUAUAGCUGAACGCAUUAUUCCAGCUACAGAUUUAUCUGAACAAAUCCCAUGUGUUGGUACAGAAGCAUCGGGAACAGGGAAUAUGAAGUUUAUGUUGAAUGGGGCUUUAACUAUCGGCACAAUGGAUGGAUCAAACAUUGAAAUUUUUCAAGAGGUUGGCCAUUCAAAUGCUUUUCCAUUCGGUCGUUCUAUUGAUGAAGUCAAUCAUAUGCGGAAAUCUGGGUAUAACCCAAUGAAGUUUGUAUCCUCGAAUCCAGAACUGCGUCUAUGUUUAGAUCAAAUUCGCGAUGGUUUUUACUGUCCAACAGAACCUACUGUAUUUAAAGAGCUUUAUGAGAAACUGACCACAGAAGAUGAAUUCAUGGUUUGUGCAGAUUAUGCAGAAUACAUGCGUGCACAAGCUGAGGUUGAAUCAGCAUACAGAGAUGGAGCGAGAUGGUCUAAAAUGGCACUAUUGAAUGUUGCUGGAGCCGGGAAAUUUUCUUCUGAUCGAACAGUACGUGAGUAUGCUCGCGAUAUCUGGAGAGUUGAACCGGUCAAUACACAGGAACCUAUACAGUCGCAUACUUUAAAAGAUAACUACCGAAAAUUAUCUUUCACCUAA